AGAGAGAGAGAGAGAGAGAGAGAGAGAGAGAGAGAGAGAGAGAGAAAGAAAGAAGUGAUAGAUACAGAUAGAAAGCUAGAUGGUUUUGAGUUUGCUUUUCUGCUAGAUUCACAGAAAAGCACAUCCCAAUUGUGAAAUAUCUUUGGCUGCCGUCCAUGGGAACUGAUCCAGGGUGCUCCAGCGCAGCGUCUCCUGGGAGGUCCGUUAGAUUGUGAAGAGCUCCGUGUGCGAGGAGAGAGCCCCUCCUCUGUUGAGGACCUGCAGGAGAACACUUCCAGGGAUUACUGCAGAACGGAGCUACGUGAACUGGCGGCCGUCACCUGGGUCAUCUGAGCUGCUCCCUCACGGCUUCCUGGUCGUGUGUUUGCUUUUCCUCUCCGUCGUCCUUGCUCUGUGUGCCAGAAAGGACUCGAUCCUCCCGGCGCACUCCUAAACAGUGACCCUCCCUUGGAACGUACACAGCUAGAGAGGGCUUCAUCUGACCAGGGAGGAGGGACUGCUAGGGACCAGGACCGGACCACCUCAGCAGGGACACAAGCUCUCCCUGAGAGCAGAGGCAGGAUACUGGGACAGACAUGGAGACUGAGAGGGGGCACAUGUCUGUCAGGAGGGGGUAAGCUGGAGCCCUGGGGGGCAGAGGAAACCUCUCCAGGUGGGGGCAAGAAGCGGUCGACCUUGUCACAGAAAGCAAUGCCUCCUGGGACAGGAGGGACUACACAGAGGUCAAAGGGCAGUCAGCUUUGGCCUCGAGCACCCAAUCAGAUGCCUCGAAAAGCAAACCUGACCAGAAGUGCCAGUCUGUCAGAUAAGGAUCUGAAGGAGGCUCGUGUGAGGAGUCAGAUCAUCGCGGCCCAGCUCACCGUUCCCUCCAACUCCAACUCCAGAGGAGUUCAGCUCUUCAACCGACGCAAGAAGCGAGUCAACGCCUUCACGCUAGAGAGUGGCAUCGAGGGUGGGACAGGGCGAGGCGCCGCGGAGGAUGAGAAGCACAUUGGGCCUCCUAGGAACAAUCUGACAUGGGCAGAGAGAGCCAGUGAGGGGAAGGACCGUGAACGAAACUUGAAGAACAUUGCCUCCAAACCACCCUGGUCUCCCACUAGGCUAGCAUUCAGAGGAAGUGACAUCAUGGAGGAGCCAAGUGAACCUGUCCACGAGGUGGAGGAUGUGGCGGACAGCGUCAUACAGGAGAGGCACUUCCUGCCUGUGAACGAGAAGGAGGAGGACGGGGAGGUGAAGAUGAAGGAGGAGGAGGAGCUGAGGCAGGAGGUACCUGUGGAGCAGGAGAGUGAAGUCAAGAAUGAUCUUCCCUCUGCUAGCGACCACAGUGGUGCAGUCCAGUGUGAGCCAGAGCUGGGUGAACCAGGGGUGAACGGAGCAAUCCCAGAGCCCGAAUCCCCUGGAGAUCUCCAUAAUGGUUGCCAUAGUGCCCCUGAGAAAGUGUCCGUGUCCCUAUCCAAACAACCGUCUACCAUCAUCAACAGAACAGCCAGACCUUUCUUCUCUCCCACCACGGUCCAGUCCCCAGACACCCGGAGCCCAGUCAUGGAAAUCCCCCCUGCUCCCUCUUACUCCACCCCCCCUCUCCCUCGACCCGUGGCCUUCUCCCCUCCCCCUCCUCACCCAUCCUACCCCACCCCCCCUCUCCCAGCCUACACCUGUCAGUCUCCGCAGGCCUUCUCCAGCCCCCUCUGCAUGUCUCCCACCAUGUCCCCGUUGCCCCCCCCAGUGUGCCAGUAUGCCCCCCCCUCGGCUCCCCAGGUGUCUCAGUAUGUCCCGCCCACCCCUCCGGUGACCCAGUACGCCCCUCCCACAGCCCCUCGCCCCUCCACCUUUGUCCCAAAGCCCGCUGCGGAUUGGAAGCCGCAUGUGCCAAUCAAAUCGGGCAUCCUGGAGGAAGGCGCGGCCAGACGGGGAACCAGGAAGUCCAUGUUUACGUUCAAGGAGAAGCCGGUGAUGGCUCCCAACCCGGAGCUGCUGUCCCUCGUUCAGGGGACUGAUGAGAGGAAGAAACACGGACCCAGGUGUGUGGUUGAGCCCGCCUCCGAGGAGGAGCUACUGGCCCUGGGGGCGGAGGCCUCCAACUUUCUGGCAAAGGAGGAAGUGAAGCUGGAGGAAGCCGCAAUGCCAGAGUGGUCCACCACCCUGAAGAGCUCCAGGACCCGAGCCCGGACGGAGCACAAGCCUGAGCAGACCCUCACCAACGCCACAGGGAAGGGGGCGGAGCUGUUCGCCAAGCGCCAGUCCAGGAUGGAGAAAUAUGUGUUGGAGAAACAGAACGCAGGCCAGCGUAGAUCUCCCUCCCCCACCAUGUCUCUGCCACCAUCUUGGGUGUAUCCGUCUAACAUGCCGGGGCGGGUCAAAGCCAUCGCCACCAACUCCAACAUCAGCGAUCAGCUUUCACAGACCCUCAAGGCCCAGCAGCCUGUCCAGAGGAAGCCCAGCAUUAAGGCCCCGCCCCCCAAGCCUGAGAGCCCCCCUCUGGAGAACGGCUGUACCAAGAUAGAGAUGGACCUAUCCAGGCACCAGCCCUACCAGCUCAACUCCUCCCUUUUCAUCUUCAACCCCAUCAAAGAUCCAAGGAGCUCUCUGCCCAGGGGAGCUCCGCCUCCCAAGCCUGUGGUCAUGUCUUACUCCCGGCAGACCUCCCUGCCCACCAGCCCCUCUUCCCACUUCAGCUUAAGGCCUGCCCACUGCCUGUACCCCCAGCACCCUCUCAGCCCCGUCGGAGGGAUGGGACCUGUGGACCAGUCUCACCACUACGGGGGGGCUCCCCGCUCCAGGCAGCCCAGGAUCACCUCCCCUGUGUCGGCCUUCUCUCCCGAGCGAGUGGCCUCCCCUCGGUCAGGGGCCCAGGCACCAAGGCCCACCUUCUCUGCAAAGAAGGCAGGGAUUGAACCACAGGCAAUAAAGGAGUCCCCUACAACCCCAACCCAGACCCCCACUCCCACCAGAACCCCCCAGUUCACCAGACGUUUCAGCAGCCCAGAAGGACCCAACAGUGGGACCUGGUCCCCCAGCCUCCAGACCAGCCAACUCCCCUCCUCCACCCCCUCCAGAGCCCCCCACACACCUAUAUCCAGCUCCCCUGUCUGCCCACCCUGGGAAACCCGCUGCCAAUCCCCCAUGGUGUACCAGACCAGCCAGCCCUCCUCCACCCCCAUCUCCAGACCCCAGCAUCCAUCUAAGGCCACCUCCCCUGUCUCCCUGGUCAGGGAGAACCGCUGCCUCUCUCCCAAUGUCAGCAGCCUCGACUCCAAGGCCAACCACCGCAUCCUGGCCAAGAACAUCAUCAACGCCGCCAAGCGCAAGAACAGCCCAUCGCCUGGCGCACUGAGCAGCCACAACCUCCCCAUCUCGCCACUAGGGGGCCCUCACCAUCAGGCCUACGAACACAGCAAGUCUCCCUUCAGCCCCUUCCAGUCCCGGGCUCUGGGGGCCCAGUCGCCCCCCUUCACCAGCCCUCCUCCCACUCCCACCCAGCUGAUACGCUCCCCAGUCAGGCUCUACAACACCCGCUCGCUGACCGACUCGGACGCCUCUGUGGAGUCGGAGGACUCUGGGCUGAGGUCGCCUGGCCUGCGUAGCUACAACACCUGCCCUCGCGGCUGGGGAGGCAGCCUGAGGGUGAAGAGGGGCAGUGUCUCUACCGACCUGUAGGGGGAGCCUCUCUCAGUGAGCAUCUUCACCUUUCUGAGGAAAUUUGCAGAGGGGAAGGCGAGGGAGUGGGAGGUGUACAGGAUGUGGAGAUCAUAUACGCGACUCAAAAAAACUUCAUGGGCCAAAUCGUUCAGGGUUCAAUCGUUAGGAAUAGGAACUGACAGGAACUUGAAGGGACUGAUGUUUGGUGGUGGUUUUACCAAAUGUGGACUUAGAGGAAUGUUCAGGUCUCCAUUUACAAGACCAGCAGAGGCAUCGACAAUGAGGACUUUAAAGGGAUACUUUCCUUAUAUUUUCUCAACUCUGACCCCUAGUUUAAUAAAGCGAAAGAGAGACAUGUUUUACAUUAAGGGAAAAUUAAGGGAUCUUUAUAAACCCAAAGUCGCUCAUCAUCUGUAACUUUUAAUAUGGACCAUGUAAAUUAAAUAAAUAAAUAUGCAUACAGGCAGUAAUGAAAUAUAAAAACAGCAUGAAUUUGACUAGGAAAAGCAUUCAAUUGUAAUGUAAUUACUGUAGCUUACUUUGAACAAAAAAAUAUAAUUUAACCAAAAUGUAAUAGCUGAAGUAUACCAAAGACUAUGAUCUGGGUUCUGCACAUUGGAACAGUGUUACAUCAUUUCCUCCCAUCACAAUUAGAUUGUAAUGCUUCAAAGUAGAAUAUUUUUUGGCUUUGUAGAUAUAUCUCAGCAGAAACAUUGAGUAGGAAGGCAUGUAGUGCUGCCUUGAACUGACAUUUUAUUUGUAGUUUGUAUUUGUAAUUUGUAGAGACAAGUCAAACUUGAGGGAAGUUACACACAAACACAUAAAGUAGAGAUCGCAGGGAGUCAAGAAUGUGUAAAUAUAACACAUAUUGACAAUGCUUUCAUUUAAAAAAAACUAUUUGAAAGUUGAUGUAAUAGUACAUUCUUAGAACAGACUAUAACAAGCACAUUAAGGUUGGAGGUAGACUCGAUGAGAUUAACUUCCUUCUAACAUUCCAUAACCUUGCUCAUGCAAUAGUAUGGGUACGUUCAUUAUGGUAUAUUGUUAGAACAGUAUCACAAGGCCAAAACACACAUUGCUGUAUAUCAUUUUUUUCACCCAGUAGGAGAAAAAAGCUUCACAUGCAUAAUCAGCACAGUGCAAUAAUUCAUUUAUCACCUCUGUGUACUGCGUGUAUGUUGCUUUAUGUACUCCAUUUUUUUUUUAAAUGAAUGUAUCGUUCUACAGAUAGACUGGUAGAGAGAAGUGUUGAAAGAUAAGACGUAUGUAGGUAUUUGAGUUUGGGACCAAAACACCUAUUCAAUAAAACCCAUGUUAUGUUUACAAUGAGAUAUAAGGAAACCAACUGGUUUGAGAUAUUCUCACAGGAUAUGGUGUGUUGAUCCUCGUGCUUAUACUGUCAGCAGUGUUUGGCUGAAUAGGGCAGAGGAAACUGUACCUGUACUGUAACUGUCGUGCACCAACAGGAAACGAACUCAUUUGUGGACAACAAAGACAUUUCUAGGAAAUCUAUUGUUACUAGUUGUAGAGACAAUUGUGAGUGUCUCAUGCCUGAGGAUGACUCUAUUGAAAGCGUUUGACAAAGAAUCAUAAGGUGGAGGAUAAGAUGAUGUUGCUGUACAAUAACUGACUGAAUUGAGUUGGGAUAAAUGGAUCCAGUGAGUAAGGAUGGGUGGUAUUUCACUUACAAUACUUUAAUGCACACACACUCAUCUAGUCUCUCUAGAUGUUUUGUUUUUACAAUUUUCACUUGAUUUUGCACUUCUACUCACUCACUUCUACUUCUACUCAGCUCUGAUGGCACAGUUUGGUCUGACUUCCAAUAUCUCAAACAGGUGUCAUUCACAGUAAAAGUAAUUCUGCCCGCCUCACACCCUCUGUAAAGGGGGACACCGACCACACACUGAACACAUUGUCCCAUAAUGGCCUAUCAAUGUUUUCAAAGCAAUUAUAGCAGGAAAUGUGACCGACGUUCUUCAACUUCCAGCAGGCUAAGGGGUCACAUAUGUUCCUCUGCCCCCGCCCCCCUCCCUCCUAGGGGACAGGGGGACUAGCGCACACACAGGAGUGAUCGCUGUCAAGCUCCUCCGACACGUACACAGGCGCAUCAGCAGAUUUCUGAGUGUUGAAACGUAUGCGUCUUUGGAGUGACAGGGACACCUGUCCUGUUGCAUGGUGACUUGGCACCUUGUGGCUUCCAUCACAGAGGGUUUCCAACUAACCCUGACUCCUGCACUCCCAUCACCCCCAGCAUAGCUAAAUCUAUGGAAAAAUAAUCAUCAGGGUUCUUUGAUUUUGUUUAGAAUGUUGUUUUUUUUUACAGGGGGCACCUAAAAAAUGGGUUGUCAACCAUUAACGUCUCCUUACUGUAAAUAAGUCUUCCCAUCCUUGACCCUGUGUUGUUUAAAUUAAUGAACACAAACAAAAUAAAAGUGAUGACACACUAAUUACAAUUA